CUGAUUGGCAGCAGGUGAAAGAGAGUAUAGCAGAGCAAGGGCAGAGAUGUAACCACACCAAAAGUACCAUAACAAUUCAGUUUUGAAACUGAAAAGAAAAUAGAAGCAGGGCUGAAAUGAUAGUCAAAUAAUCUACAAGUUAGAAAUGAUGAUAAUUACUUAAUCAUUUUAAGCUCUACUGGCGUCAUUCCUGAUGUUACUUGCCUGCAUUUUGGGGCUUUUCCACAUGGAAGCAACAGCAGACACCCUGAGCACUCUGGAUUCUUCUUUCUGUCAUGGUGGGCUUGAAGUGAUCUAUCCAGAGAUGGACAUCGAUGAAUGCCUUAUAAUUCCAAAGAACCUCAGAGAGAAAAUCAGCAAAAUUUGGAUCGCCCCGCAGAUUUACUUCUCUAGAGCAGACAAGAAGAAAAUGUAUGUUCUGGUGAUGGUUGAUCCUGAUGCUCCGAGUCGCACCAAGCCAACAUCUGCCAGCUGGAGGCACUGGCUGGUCAAGGACAUACAGGGUGAUGCACUCAAGAAAGGGCAGAUGCAAGGGACAACCCUCACUGACUAUCGUCCACCGACUCCGCCACAGAAGUCAGGUUUACACCGCUACCAGUUCAUGUUGUUUGAACAGCUUCCAGAUGUGUCAGUGUCACUCACUGAGCAGGAGCAGUCAUCUCGCGGUAAAUGGGAUAUUCAGGCCUUCAUCAAACGAUUUGACCUGGGAGAUCCUGUUGCCACUCUACAGUUUCUUACCCAGAACUACAAAGACUGAAGGAUGCUCUAAUGCCUGAACAGUGCAGAAGAAGAAUUCAUCUGUUCAGUAAUAAAUAAAUAAAUAAAUCAUGUUUCUCCGCUUUCCCUGACUUAAACAGCAUUAAUUCUUCAAAGCUUGCGGGUCAACCCUCUUUGCCUCUAUCUUAUCAGUGAGUUAGAAAGAGAUUUACUUUUUGUGUUUAACCAGCUGCUAGGUUUUGAUGUUGCUCUGUAUCUUCGUCAUGCGGUCUGGAACAAAGGAUUUGGGAGAGAUUUUGACCUCACUGGGGAUUUCUUAUUAGUUUCCGAAUGCUGUCGACAAGAAAGGGAAGAAGGCCUGAUAUCACAACUCAGUGUGGAAAGAGUUGAUUCUAAUUCAGGGGCGGAAACACGUCAGGGCCAAAAAAAGGAAGUGGGAGGUGAAACCAAGACCGCAGCACAGCCGGAUGCUGCAGUGGAACCAAAAUACUCUACAGAGUGACAGGACAAGGGGGAGGGGCUGGAGGGCCUGUUGUGUGUUGGUGAAGGGAACUUACUGUUUGUGAAAUAGUUUAUCAUAUUUCCACUGACCACUCUCACCCCUGUUGGAAACACUGAGCUACUUUCAGGUCCUUAAUAGAUUUUUCUGACAUAAAAACUACUCUGUCUAAAUGUAGAAGUGUCCUUGAAUGCAACUCUGGGGUGAUGAACCUGUUUUGAACUUUAGAUAGUUGACUGAGAGACCCACCUGACAGGUCUGCAGAGGAUGGUGUGGAUAAACUUUUCAACCUUUUAUGAGGAGAUGCUUUUCAGACUUCAUGGGUGUUUGUAGAGGGUGAGCUAGACUACCCUCCAUGAGGAAUAUUGGUUUCUAACUAGCAGCUCUCCUCUGGGGUGGGUUUGUAUCAAUACCCCUGAUGUCUGAAAAGGGCUGGAUUUACAUGAGGGACUUUGAUGUUCUGAUGAUCAAUCUUUAGUUGGUGG